GCAGAAGCAAUCUGCUGCAAGGGAGGAAGAGGGUGCAACUGUGGGGCUGUCUGUAAGCCCAAGAAUCUCUAAAAAGCCCAUUUCAUUCUCCUGGAAGUAUAAAGAAUUUAUAAUGGCGACUCGGGUUUCCAGCCCCCGUCCUGCAAGAAGCAUUCUGGGCUCAGAGGACUAUAGCCUGUAUAGCAGUAUGAGUGAAGAGGAACUGAUUCAGAUGGCCAUUGAACAAAGUCUCACGGAGAACAACUCAGGCCCAACAACUGCCCGCACUCAUCAGAAGCUGUCAGCCAGCGUCAAUACAGAGGCAACAGCUGCCUGCCGCAACAACAGGCCCACUGCUAAACAAGCACCCAUAGCAGCCAACACUAGGAACAGGAGUUGCCAGCCUAGCGCUGCACCGCCGCCCACCCCCGGGUCAACCUGGAGCAUCAAGAGGUAUGAUGGUAGUUACUACUUCAGCGAACCUCCGCCCGCGGAGGAAAACACUGUUGAGAGGGCAAUCAUUAAAGGAGAUGUAGACUCUCUAAAUGAAAUGAUGAAAUCAGGGGAAAAACUUUGUGAACCUAACAAGGAAGGAUGGCUUCCCUUGCAUGAAGCUGCCUAUUAUGGAUCCCUGGCAUGUGUUACAUUGCUGCUGAAAGCUUAUCCUUCUACUAUUGACCAACGUACACUGCAAGAGGAGACAGCACUGUACCUUAGUACUGUGAGGGGACACAUGGAUUGUAUGACUUACUUGCUGCAAUCUGGUGCUGAGCCAGACAUCGCUAAUAAGUCCAGGGAAACUCCACUUUAUAAAGCCUGUGAAUUGAAGAAUGCAGAAGCUGCAAAAUUGUUGGUCGAAUAUAGGGCAGAUGUGAACCAUCGCUGCAACCGAGGUUGGACAGCUCUGCAUGAGUCUGUAGCAAGGAAUGCUAUUGACAUAAUUGAUGUUCUGGUGAAGGGAGGGGCAAAGAUAGAAACAAAGAAUUGCUAUGGUAUCACCCCUCUUUUUGUAGCUGCCCAGUGUGGACACAUGGAAGCAAUGAGAUACAUUACUAAAUGUGGAGCUGACUUCAACACACAAGCCAACGACAAUGCCUCGGCUCUUUUUGAAGCUAGCAAAAAUGGCCAUGAUGAUAUUGUAGAAUUCCUUCUGGCACAAGGCGCUGAUGCCAAUAAGCCCAACAAAGAUGGACUGUUACCUAUUCACAUCGCUGCCAAAAAGCAAGACAAUGAUGACAUCGUGUUAAUGCUCAUUCCUGCGACCAGUCGUAUCAGAGUGAAAAGAAGUGGCAUUAGUCCUCUCCAUAUAGCCGCAGAAUGCAACAAUGAUGAUAUACUGGAAGAGCUCAUCAACGCAGGCUAUGAUGUCAACUUCACACUUUCUCAUGACAGAGCCAGACUGUACGAAGACAGACGUAGCACUGCUCUAUAUUUUGCUGUCAUGAAUAAUAAUAUCAAUGCAACCCAAAUGCUUCUGGAAGCUGGAGCUAAUCCCAACAUAGAUAUUAUCAGUCCACUGUUAAUCUCUAUUCGCCAUGGGUGCUGCAAAACUAUGCAAAUGCUUCUAAAUCAUGGAGCUAACAUAAAUGCCUACAUCUCUACACAUCCUACCUCUUUUCCAGCCAUCAUCAUGUUUUCCAUGAAGUACCUGAGCUUAUUGAAGUUCAUUAUGGACCUUGGAUGUGAUGCAGACUCUUGUUUUAAAUGUGAAUAUGGCAGUAGACCCCAUCCUCCCAUUGAAGAAGCCACACAUCGCUAUAAUACAACUUAUAUCCCAGAGCAUAAACAGCCAAAAAUUGUACAGUUCUGUGAAAUGGUUUCUACACCAGACAUAAGUCGUUGGGCUGGUCCCAUCAUUGAUGUUCUUCUGGACUACGUUGGCAAUGUCAAGCUUUGUUCGCGGUUACAGGAACAUUUAGACAGCUAUGAGGAAUGGGCUCGUAUAAAAGAAAAAUCACAACUUCCUCGAUCUCUAACGCACCUGUGUCGGUUAAAAAUCCGAAGCAUGAUUGGAACAAACCGCAUCAAGCUGGUCCACACAUUACCUCUUCCAUGCAGAAUGAUCCGCUAUUUAAGCUAUGAUACAUCCAAUGAGUAUUAAUACUAAGCUGGUGACCAAAAAAGUUUUAACUAACAAUUAAAGCACAAUGAAUGAGGGAAGUGUAUUCUAAACAAGUGACAGUUGGACGGCAGCAUUGUGCCUCAAAGACAAUGAAGCGGAGCACUGGACCCAUGUUCAUAGCAGUAACUCUUGAACUUUAACUUGAAUGAGAAAUCUGAUAUUCAUAUUGAAGCCACUUACACCAAUGGACUGCAAGAGAGAAAGCAAAUGCUUGAAAUGGCAUAAGAUGUAAAGCAAAAUUCUGGGGUAGGAAGGGAACAGAUGUGACCUUCUUUUGUUAAUGGUUUUGGACAGUCAGUAGAACUGGGGUGUGUCAUAGGCAUAUUAGUACCUAACAUAAUUUAGUGGUUUAAGAUUAUAGAUGUAGUAGUAGGGUAAAUGUUUUAAAUUCUAUUCUGGUCUACAAUUGAAGGGUGGAAGGGGAGGGGUUAAUCUGUCAAUGUCCAUAUAUGACUAAACUAGGGUGUUUUGCUUUAAAGACAAGUAUUCCAACUGACCCUGGUGUUAUAUUGAAAUAUAGAGAAAAUGUAAGUGCUCUUUUUCAAAUUUUCUCUUUACUACAGAAUAACUUUCAAAAAGCAUAGGCACUCCUAAACUGGUUUAUAUCACAUCUAACACCACCUCGAAUAGGAUCUAUUAAGUUAUUAUUCCCUUUUAUGUAGAAAUUGCACAAUACUGCCUAGACAAAUACAUUGGCUAAAGAUUGUAAAAAGCAAACACAGACUUAAGGUGGCCAUACACUGAGCGAUCCGCUCGUAUGGC